AUGGUCUUUACUGUGGCUGUUAGCAGCUCUCAGCUGUUUAGAGGACAGUUUUUCUCUCUGAGCUGUGAGGAGGACGACAGCUCUGCUGGAUGGACGCCGAGGAGGAACACAACCAGAGAAACCAGGACUCAGUGUGGAGCUGGCUGGGGAAGAUCAGCUGGUUCUUCUUGUAACAUCAGUUACAUUUUUGCAUGGGACAGUGGAGUUUACUGGUGUGAGUCCAGCGAGGGAGGAACCAGGAACACCAUCAACAUCACUGUCACUGGUGGACCAGUGAUCCUGCAGAGUCCUGUCCUCCCUGUGAUGGAGGGACAUGAUGUCACUCUGCACUGUAAAACAAAGACCCCUCCCUCCAACCUCCCAGCUGGUUUCUAUAAAGAUGGCUCCCUCAUCAGGACUGAGCCUACAGGUCACAUGACCAUCCACCAUGUUAACAAGUCUGAUGAAGGCCUCUACAAGUGUAACAUCAGCGGUCGUGGAGAGUCUCCAUCCAGCUGGAUCUCUGUCACAGGUAAACCUAAAACCACAGCCCCGCCCACAUACAGAGCUCUGCCCCCAACAUCAACUACUGUAUUUGACCUGACACCCUCUGCAGACCCGCCCCCAACAUCAACUACUGUAUUUGACCUGACACCCUCUGCAGACCCGCCCACCUCUGCUCCUCUGCCCACUCCGACAUCACCUGCCUCAGACCCCCUCCAGCUUGUGUUCAGACUGAUCUGCCACCUGGUGGUCUUCUGUCCGUACUGCAUCUCCACUGUCGUCAUGGUGUCUUUAUAUCGACGCAGGGCCACAGGAAAUGGCCUACCUGUCUCAAUGGUGAUGACGCCACCCACCCAGGCUGAGGAGGGAUUGGAUGAUGACUGUGAUGAUGUCAUCCCUGCUGUCACCACAGAGCAUCACUUCUGAGUUGAUCCAGUGUGUUCAGUGUGUUCUGGCUCUUAAUGAAGCUGAAUGUUUGAGUCAUCAGCAAAUAAACCUCAGAUUUCCUUCAUAGGUCACAAACAGCAGAGGACCCAGAACACUUCCCUGUGGAACUCCUCAUGUUCUAGUUUGACUUAGAUGAUGUUGAACUCAGGAUCUCAGACUUCCGCAGCAGCUACAGUCUCACUUUAAACUCUUCUAAUCUUAUUUACUGCUUUUAACCCCUUGACGCCAAUUGUCGUGAAUUCGCAUCAUACCUUUUCCUUGCAGACUGCAAGCCAAGAUAGCACAUGGAUUCCCCUGAUGCCUGUUGGUGCAUAUUCGAUACGAACCUAGGAACCUUUCGCAAGCCCUGGUUCUCGUUUAUGCCUGUUGUCGCUAAUUUGCAUCAUACCUACACAUACCUGAAUUUAUAUCUUUUCCAUGUUCUAUAGACAAAUUAACAAUCUUCACUUAAUUUAUCAUCAUCUUGAAAGCGAAUGAAAACACAAAUAAUUUUUUGAUUCUAAAAAUUUCAGGCGUCAAGAGGUUAAAGUUUUUAAUAAACCUCACACAAUCAACCAAAUCUCAGUCUCUGUGUCAUGCUAAGUUAAAUAAAAGUUAAAGCUGAACA